CCUAGAUCAGGUUUGGCAGGAUUUUUUAAGCGAAGCUCACACUGUGGUUCAUUUCUUUUUGUUUUUCGGGCUCCGGUCCUUGUCUUUCUUAGUGACUUCUAUUGAGACAGGAGUUCUCUAAUCAGACAGGUGCACUGACGUCCGGCCAGCAUGAACUGGUCUGCGUUGGAGAGCCUCCUCAGCGGGGUCAACAAGUACUCCACCGCCUUUGGCCGCGUCUGGCUCUCCAUGGUGCUCGUCUUCCGCGUCAUGGUCUUCGUGGUGGCCGCCCAGCGGGUGUGGGGUGACGAGAACAAGGACUUCGUCUGCAACACUCGCCAGCCCGGCUGCACCAACAUCUGCUACGACAGCGUCUUCCCCAUCUCCCACAUCCGCCUGUGGGCCCUGCAGCUCAUCUUCGUCACCUGCCCGUCGUUCAUGGUGAUGGCGCACGUCAAGUUCCGCGAGGAGAAGGACAUGAAGUACACCAAGACCCACGCGGACGGCACGCACCUCUACUCCAACCCAGGGAAGAAGCGCGGCGGCCUGUGGUGGACCUACCUGCUCAGCCUCAUCUUCAAGGCCGGUCUGGACGCGGGCUUCCUCUACAUCCUGUACCACAUCUACGAGGGCUACGACAUGCCCCGGCUCACCAAAUGCAGCCUGGAGCCGUGCCCCAACACGGUGGACUGCUACAUCUCCCGGCCCACCGAGAAGAAGAUCUUCACCAUCUUCAUGGUGGUGACCUCGGCUGUGUGCAUCUUCAUGUGCAUCAUCGAGAUGCUCUAUCUGAUCUGCAAACGACUGCAUAAAGCUUUCAGGGUGCGGGUCAGUCACGAGAGGGAGGUUUUCGCUCAGAAUCACGAGCUGACUAACCUGGCGCCGCCCCGAUCACAGUACCGGUCACAUUACCGAUCACAGUGGGUUGACCCCACGCUGACCAGCACCCAGAACCUCAGUAAGGAGAAGAAAGAGGAAAUGGCCACCUCUAAAGUGUAGACUCUAGACUUGGCACUGACAUAUCUCUUAAAGGUGGCUUGAGGACUGGAGACAAGCUUAGACACACACCUUACAACUGUAAUGUUUACAUGUUGAGUUGUAACUCUGCUCUAAAAAUACAGGGAAAAGUGGUUCAAAAAUGUCAAAUAGGUUUAAGGUUGCUUCUGUAAAUGUUUAACUUUACAUCUAACAUAUCUAAGUGACAUGUUGUGUAUGUUAUGUAUGUUUUUUUCACUGUAUAUCUGUGAUUACUCUGUCCCCUGCAAAGCACUGUUUCUUGUUCCUGUUUUUUUAUAUUUUAUGUUAUGUAUGCUGUGUUUACAAUGAUAACAUCUGCACUCAGAGGAAUCCGAUGUGAUAUUUUUACAGACACAUCACAAAAUACAUAUAGUCAUAGCAUUUUUUGUUUUAUUGUGACACUUAAAUCCCAGAAUAUAUUCAGAAAGAUCACAAAGGCUAAACGUGUAGUUCAUUUCAUAAUAGCAUACAUACAGUAAUUAUAACUGAAUUUGUAGGUUUGCCUUAUAUUAGAGUUAGUUUGCCCAUAUACUUCAGUUGAAAAAUUAAAUUGUUUUCUUUUGAAAACUUAUUUAUUUAUAGCAUUAUUAGUAUUUAAAUACGAAACACUUUUACACUGGUAAUUAGCGUUAAUUCUGCAUUGUCGUUACAUUUAUUCUGUAUUUUUGUUAUGGUCUUGCACACCUGCUUUUGGAUACAUUGAGAGUCUAUAUGAAUAAAUUAGUAUCUCAUUAA